AUGGGUUACCACUACCUUAAAUUGAUAAGUUUUUAUCGAAGCACACAAUCACAAUCAUCCUCUUUUCAUUUUAUGUCGUUUGAUCGUAUGUCAAAACCAGGCGAAACAAUGUUGAUUACUCCUAUUGAAAUGUGCCUACGAGACCUGCUUUCGGAAAGUAGCCAAACAGUAUUCGAUUUACACUGUAAAGAAUUUUACAUGAAAAAACAUCAUAUUCAUUCAUUUGAAGAAUUUAGUCGAAAAGCAAGAUAUGCUACAGGAAAAGAUAAAUCUGAAUUAUUUGAUUUUUUCAAUAAAGCCAUGCAAAAUGCUUUGAUUAAAGCUGCAAUAGCCACAGGUCAAUCGACAUAUGAUUAUAAUUAG